ACCGGCGGUGCCGCGCGGCUUCUCUUCAGUUCGUCCUCAGUGCAGGACAACGAGAGCGAGCGACCCGGUUACAGUCAAGGUGGCCCUCGGCGUAGGACAACAGCGGGAGAGACCGAGCUAUUUACAGUCCAGUUCGUCCUCAGUGUAGGACAACAGCGGACGGGACUGAGACUAUUACAAUCUAGCCUGGCUCAGUCGCACACCGCACCGAUAGCCGAGGCAUAAGAAGUUGCUGGAAAAGCUCGAGCAAGUCUGGCAGCAUCUGUGAAGAAAAGAAAUCCGAAUUAACGUUUCGGGUCCGCCGACCCUUCCUCAAAACCGCUAUCCGUAGCAUUAAUAACUGUUUAAGAACUACAAUGGAGGCUGUUGUUCGUCACUGUCCAUUCCUUUCACGUGUAUCCCAGAAUUUUCUUCAGAAGGCUGGCAAGUCACUGAUCUAUUAUGCACAACACUGUCCCGUUAUGAUGAUGAAGGCUGGAGCCAAGCCUACAACCCGGACUGUAGCCACCUCUGCUGCUCACAGCCAACAGACCAAAGAAACCACCCCAGUGAAUGAGAAACCUACUACUUUGACUUCAGCACCAAGUGUCCCAGCUUCUCAGCUUCCCCCUGGACACCCAAUCCCUAGUGCUGGACAGGCUAUUGCUUCCAAAUGUCCAUUUCUUGCUGGUGAGAUGAGCCAUGGUAAGAGCUCUGUUGUCCGAAAAGCCAGUGUGGAGUUAUCGGAGGAUGUGCACCAGAUGCACGCUGUGAGAAAAGAGUUACCUGUGUCAUCUGUCAACUCCACUGUCACCAACAUCAUGAAUGUAGAUGAACAGAAGGACGUUAGCCUGCAGAGGAACCUAAAUAAGGAGACAGAGCAAAAGCCUUCAAUUUCUCAUCUCAUUCAGGAUAACAUACCAAAAUCCAUUUCAGCUUUCAAAUAUGAUGGAUUUUUCGAAAAAAAGAUUGAUGAGAAGAAGAAAGAUCAUACUUACCGUGUCUUCAAAACUGUGAAUCGCCGUGCUGAUGUAUUUCCCAUGGCAGAUGACUACUCUGAUUCUGUGAGUGUCAAGAAGGAGGUUUCUGUUUGGUGCAGCAAUGAUUACCUUGGAAUGAGCCGUCACCCACGUGUUGUGGGGUCUAUCAUGGAGACCCUUCGGCACCAUGGUGCUGGAGCUGGUGGGACCAGGAAUAUUUCAGGAACUAGCAAGUAUCAUGUUGAUUUGGAAAAUGAAUUGGCUGAUCUCCAUGGCAAAGAUGCAGCAUUGCUGUUCUCAUCAUGCUUUGUGGCAAAUGAUUCUACCCUCUUUACGUUGGCCAAAAUGCUCCCAGGAUGUGAAAUCUACUCUGAUGCUGGAAAUCAUGCCUCCAUGAUACAAGGCAUAAGGAACAGUGGAGUUCCCAAGUUUAUAUUUCGUCAUAAUGACGUCAGUCAUCUACGGGAGCUAUUGAGGAAUUCAGACUCAGCUACUCCAAAGAUUGUAGCCUUUGAGACGGUUCAUUCAAUGGAUGGCGCAGUCUGUCCUUUGGAGGAGAUGUGUGAUGUAGCUCAUGAAUAUGGUGCAAUAACUUUUGUUGAUGAAGUGCAUGCUGUUGGCCUUUAUGGGCCCAGGGGUGGAGGAAUAGGAGAUCGAGACGGAGUCAUGCAUAAAAUGGAUAUAAUAUCUGGAACACUGGGAAAAGCAUUCGGAUGUGUUGGAGGCUACAUAGCCAGUACUGCAUCUCUUAUAGAUACUGUGAGGUCAUAUGCUGCUGGCUUCAUCUUCACUACCUCAUUACCGCCUAUGUUGCUUUCUGGUGCUUUGCAGUCUGUCCAAUUCCUGAAAAGUGGUGAUGGUCGAGCACUGCGCCGCAGACAUCAACGCAAUGUUAAACACAUGCGGCAGUUACUUAUGGAUGCUGGUUUACCUGUGGUUCACUGUCCCAGUCAUAUCAUUCCAGUCCGAGUUGCAGAUGCAGCUAAAAACACUCAGCUCUGUGAUGAACUGCUAAGUAAAUACAACAUUUACGUCCAGGCUAUCAAUUACCCCACUGUUGCACGUGGGGAGGAGCUCUUGCGUAUUGCCCCAACCCCACAUCACACCCCUGAGAUGAUGAAUCAUUUUGUUGAAAAACUAGUGAUAACAUGGAAAGAUGUUGGAUUGGAGUUGAAGACCCAUUCCUCAGCUGAAUGUAACUUCUGCAGAAGACCUCUACAUUUUGAGAUGAUGUGUGACCGGGAAAUAUCCUACUUCAAUGGAAUGAGCAACCUGAUAUCUGUGAAAGCCUAGAUCAAUGUGAUUCAAGACUGUCUUUGUCUUUGUCUUUGUAUGAGGACUUAAAUUUAGACCAUAUAAUGUAUGUUUUUAAAAACUUAACCUUGUAUAAUUAAAUUACAAUGUAAUUUCCAUUGACUUAAAAUACUUAAUUAAAAAAGGCAAAACUGUAUUCAUUGUCUGUCUCCUGUUAUUGAAAUAUAAUUAAUGGUCUGUAUGUUCCUUUCACUCUGAAAUUUUCAGUUGUCCCUCUAUUUUCAAUCUCCUGAAAUGAAGGGUGAAAUAAGAGGCCUUUUUUAAAAAAAAAUGGAUGUGUUUGAUUAUGCUUGGGGUGUUAAUGGAUGGGGGAAAUGCAUGAUAAUAGGUAUUAAAAAUUCACUUAAAGUUUCUCACUUAAAAAUUGUAUUUUAUCAAAACUUAGCUGACAAUUCCACCCUCUAAGUGACAAUAUACAUAUCUAGCUGCUGCUUGCUUGCUCUUUCCCUUGCUCAGAUAUGUUGAUUUGGGUUGGAUGCAGUCAGUGAUUUUGUUUAGAGCAAGCUUAGACCAUUUUUAGGCACAACCAGCUUCUCUGUAGUAAGCUCUUUUUGUAAUCAAGUAUUGCCUCACAUCAAAAACAAUUUAAUCUGGAGUGGUUCCAUUGUUAUCUUAAAUACUGAAAUACUUUGUAGACAAGCUAUUUCCGACACUCAAACUUGGAGCUUGGAUGCAGUGCAAGCUUGGAAAUGAGUUGUAUGUUGUAUGCUUGUUUUGCUGGUGCCAGCUCAAAUGUGUAAUUAUCUAGAAUCAAGGCAUGAAUUACAAUUUAAAUUUGAUAUCAAAUUGAAUUAGUGUUACUUUUAUGAAAUAAAAAUAGGGUAGGAAAGAGGUCAUAGAAUUUUACAGCACUAAAUUGAUCAUCCUAUACACUAUAAAGAUCUGAAAGUAAGCUAAUUGUCCUAGACUAUUGCAAACUGCCAUUCUUAAUGGGGCUUAAAAUUACAAGUGAGACAGGUACAAAGGUUCAGCAGCUGGUGAAAGCAUAAAUGUUUUGAAGUUCAGGAAUAUUUAAUCUUUGUUGUGAAAUGUAAGCAGCAUGUCUCCUAACACCACCUAAUUGUUCAGUUUCAGAAUGUUAUAGGAGGCCACUUACAUCUACUGUUUUCCCCCACUGUUUUAACUGUUAAAUUAUUUUUAAACCAGUGUAUUGCAUCAAUUUUGUUCCCUGGCUUUAACCUCUGCGUAACAUUACUCAUGUCUCUCCUUUUGCUCUCAGAUUUUCAACCUGAGUAAUCUCUAUCAACUCAAUUGAGCAGUAACUGCAAAUCUCCUCUUGAUUCACUUUGCCCAAGUGGCAAUGGUUUUCUUGUAUUGAACAUUGUCUUAACUUGCAGUUUUUCAUCCCAUGUAUCAUGCUAGAUCAACACAUUUUAAUAAAGGUGUUCACAAUA